CACGACCUCCUCGCAGCCACCCACCAGCACCUAGUCUCUCCAACUGACCCGAGACUCCACGUGACCUUUCCCAGCCUCAAACUCGCCUCAACACGUGCCAUCAUGGCUGACGCCGCCGUCGAGAACCCGUCACUCACCGUCCCGCCUCACAAGAAGCAGCUCCCAUCGUCGAUACCGAACUUCGAUACACUGGAGGGCUUCUCGACAGAGGGUGGCGAUGACUACUCUACAUUCAAGAAGCUCCAACGGCAACUAGAGUACAUCCACCUCCAAGAGGAGUACAUCAAAGAUGAGCAGCGCAGCUUGAAGCGGGAACUUGUGAGGGCACAGGAGGAGAUCAAGCGCAUCCAGAGUGUUCCCUUGGUGAUAGGGCAGUUUAUGGAGGCAAUCGACCAGAACACGGGCAUUGUACAGUCAUCGACCGGCUCUAACUACGUCGUUCGAAUUCUCUCCACCCUCGACCGCGAACUCCUCAAGCCCUCGUCAUCCGUCGCCCUCCACCGCCACUCAAAUGCACUCGUCGACAUCUUGCCCCCGGAGGCCGACUCCUCUAUCGCCAUGCUUGGCCAGGACGAGAAGCCCGACGUGACAUACGCCGACGUCGGAGGUUUGGACAUGCAGAAGCAGGAGAUUCGCGAAGCCGUCGAGCUACCCCUCACACACUUCGACCUGUACAAGCAAAUCGGUAUCGAUCCGCCACGCGGUGUGCUCCUUUACGGGCCACCAGGUACAGGUAAAACGAUGCUGGUCAAAGCCGUCGCGAACAGCACAACAGCGUCCUUCAUCCGUGUAGUGGGUUCAGAAUUCGUGCAAAAGUACUUGGGCGAGGGUCCACGUAUGGUGCGUGACGUGUUCCGAAUGGCGCGCGAAAACUCCCCAUCCAUCAUCUUCAUCGACGAAAUCGACGCCAUCGCCACGAAACGUUUUGACGCGCAGACGGGUGCCGACCGAGAAGUCCAGCGUAUUCUUCUUGAACUGCUCAACCAGAUGGAUGGUUUCGACCAGACAUCUAACGUCAAGGUCAUCAUGGCCACUAAUCGCGCUGAUACGCUUGAUCCUGCGCUCCUUCGUCCUGGUCGUCUGGACCGAAAGAUCGAGUUCCCGAACCUGCGAGACCGACGUGAGCGUCGUCUCAUCUUCUCGACUAUCGCCGGAAGGAUGAGCUUGUCGCCUGAGGUGGAUCUGGAUAGCUUGAUUGUGCGCAAUGACCCGUUGUCUGGUGCGGUCAUUGCGGCCAUCAUGCAGGAGGCGGGUCUCAGGGCUGUACGGAAGAACAGGUACAACAUCAUUCAGAGCGAUUUGGAAGAAGCGUACACCAGCCAGGUCAAGGGGACUGCAGAGGCAGACAAGUUCGACUUCUACAAGUGAGCGUGUGGAUGUGGCAGGGGAGAAGUGGACUGGUACAAACAUGAUAGACAUUGGACUUGUGGUCCCAACCCUCGCAUGAAUAUGAGCUUGCGUCUACGUAAGACGAUGAUGAAUCUAAAAUAUAACCUGCACUGGGCGUCCUACAUUAAGUUCAACGAUGAAGAGUACUUCCCCAACUGGGGUUGCGUUUGACGCGAUAUCCUGAAACAUGAGCCGCGUGCUUUUGUCGACUAUGACAGCCAGCACACGUUAGCGCAUAACCAUCUCUCCUUGCCAGGCUCAUGACUCCUGCUCUGUCUGUACCUCGAAGUCGAAAUCACCAAAGUAAACACAAAGAGCCUAACUUAUAUAAGCAACGCUUCAUCACCUCAUAGCAGUAUACGUACCUUGCUCGCACCCAUCAUGGCGUAGUGAGCUACCUCGAGCUUCUUCCCCUCAGAACCAUAUCGAGCAAUCUGGUUCAGAUCCGAUGUUCGCG